AGGUCAUUACAGGCGUUUCUUCUCUUCCAGGCGCAACCGUGACGAACCGAAACGGUACAGCGCAGUGCGAGACUACGAGAAAGCAGCGCAAGCAGCAGCGAUCCCGAAAGUGACCCCGAACACCAACGAAAAACAACGAUGAAUCAGGUAGCCGGUGCUGGAAGUUUGAGUGUGGUGGUGGUGGUGGUGGUGCUGCUGGUCGGCGUGAUGUCACCGGCCGUCACCGAGGCAUCACUGUACGGACCGUUCGGUCCGUUCGGUGCCGCCGGCCAGUUCGGUCCGGUUGGCGGUGGGUACGGUGCCGGUGCCUACCCCGGUCUCUACCCCGGUGUCUACCCCGGUGCCUACCCGCUCCCAUCGCAGCUGCCUGGCUUCGGUUUGCCAGCGGCCUUCUUACCGCCCGGACUCGGCCUAGGACGGGCCGCGGUGCCCACCGCACCGGUGGUCACGCUACCGGCCGCUACCCCCGCCGUCACCAACCUCCGUAACGUCGUGUCCGGCUCGGACGUCCUGUCGCGGCUGGCCGUGGCGGAGCUGCCGGAGGAUUUGCAGAAGCGCGCCCAGGAUCUGCAGGCGGCCAGCGAGCAGGGUUUCGACGCGUGCGACGACCUGCUGGCAACGCCCGGUGCCUACUGGCAGUACAAGCGCUGCCAGGCGUUCCAGCUCCGCAAUGCCCUCACCGCGGCCAAGGCCCUCGAGCAGGAGGCAACCGCUCGUGCUGAGGCAGCUGCUGCUGCUGCUGCUGCUGCCGCUGCUGCCGCCGCUGCCGCCACCGCUGCCGAGGCUCCGGCCGCUUAAACUGUGAGAGAAGGCCGGUGACGCUCAUUCGGAUCAUUAAACUUUCUUCUGCAUAAUUUA